GUGCUGGAGCAGGUGAUGGAGAUCGCGGCCAUCACGGCGCGUUACGAGGCGCUGGCGGCCGAGCUGCUGGCCUGGAUCCAGCACACCAUCACCAUCAUCAGCAACCAGAAAUUCGCCAACUCGCUGAGCGGCGUCCAGCAGCAGCUGCAGGCCUUCACCGCCUUCUGCACCCUGGAGAAACCGGUCAAGUUCCAGGAGAAGGGCAACCUCGAGGUGCUGCUCUUCACCAUCCAGAGCAAACUCCGGGCCACCAACCGCAAACUCUACGUGCCCAGCGAGGGCAAGAGCAUCUCUGACAUCAACAAGGCCUGGACGUGCCUGGAGAAGGCGGAGCACGAGCGGGAGGCGGCUUUGAGGAACGAGCUGAUCCGGCAGGAGAAGCUGGAGCUGCUGGCCCAGCGCUUCGACCACAAGGCCGCCAUGAGGGAGACGUGGCUCAAUGAGAACCAGCGCCUGGUGUCGCAGGACAACUUCGGCUACGACCUCCCGGCGGUGGAGGCGGCCAUGAAGAAACACGAGGCCAUCGAGGCCGACAUCUCCUCGUACCAGGAGCGCAUCCAGGUGGUCGUGGAGUUGGCCUUGGAGAUGGAGUCCGAGGGCUACUACGACACGCGGCGCAUCGGCGCCCAAAAGGACAACAUCCUGCGCCAGUGGGCGCUGCUGACCGAGCUGGUCCGAGCCCGCCGCGCCCGCCUCGAGCAGAACCUGGCCCUGCAGAAGAUCUUCCAAGAGAUGGUCUACAUGAUCGACUGGAUGGAGGAGAUGCAGGUCCUUCUGGUCUCCAAGGAUUUGGGGAAGCAUCUGCUGGAGGUUGAGGAUCUCCUGCAGAAGCACGGGCUGCUGGAGGCCGACAUCUCGGCGCAGACCGAGCGCGUCCAGGCCCUCAACGCCGCCGCGCUCAAGUUCUCGGAGCUGGAGGGCUACCAACCCUGCGACCCCCAGAUCAUCUGCAACCGCGUCAACCACGUCCAGACGUGCCUGGAGGAGCUGGAGGAGCUGGCGGCCAAGAGGAGGAAGGAACUGGAAGAUUCCCGCCAGCUCUGGACCUUCUUCCAGGAGAUGGAGGAAGCCGAGGCCUGGAUCCGCGAGAAGGAGAAAAUCCUGGCGGCCAAAAGCUGCGGCCGCGACCUCAGCAGCGUCGUGACCUUGACCAACAAACACAAAACCAUGUUGGGCGAGCUGGGCAACCGGCGGGCGUUGCUUCACCAAACCAUGAAGAAAGGCGAGAAGAUCCUGGCCAAGAAAUCCUUCAGCUCCGUGGGCAUCCAGGAGAAGAUGCGAGAAGUUUGCCUGAGGUGGAAGAAGCUGGAGGAGAUCACGGGGCUCCACCAGCAGCGCUUGGAGGACGCCAUGAAUUUCUUCCAGUUCAGCGCCGAGACGGACGACCUGGUGGCGUGGCUGCAGGACGCGUACCGCAUCGUGUCCAGCGACGAUUUCGGCCACGACGAUUACUCCAGCCAAGCUCUGCUGCGCAAGCACCGCGCCGUGGUGGACGAGGUGGAGAAGCACCGCGGCGCCGUGGCGUCCCUCAGGAAGCAGCUGGCUCUGCUGGCCCCCGACCACCGUCAAGGCGUGGACGUCCAGAUCCGCGUGGUGGAGGUGGAGCAGCUCUACGGGGAGGUGGCCGAGGUGGCCGUGUUGAGGACGCAGUGGCUGCAGGACGCGCUGGCCGUUUACCGCAUGUUCAGCGAGGUGCACGCCUGCGAGGUGUGGCUGGAUGAGAAGGAGCAGUGGUUGGAGAAGAUGGAGGUGCCCGAGGAGCUCGAUGAGGUCGAGGUGGUGCAGCACAGGUUCGAGAGUUUGGACCAGGAGAUGAACAGCGUCAUGGGCCGCGUCCUGGACGUCAACCAGGUGGUGCAGCAGCUGGUGGACGGUGGCCACCCCAGCUCCGACGAGGUCCGGGCCUGCCAGGACCAUCUCAACAGCCGCUGGAACCGCGUGGUGGAGCUGGUGGAGAACAAGAAGAGGCAGCUGAGCUCGGUGCUGAAGAUCCAGAACUUCCUGCUGGAGUGCGGCGAGAUGAAGGCGCAGGUGCGGGAGAAGAGGAAAGCCAUCGAGGCCACCCAGUCGGGCGGCGGCGGCGACCUGGGCGGCGUCCUGGCCCUGCAGCGCCGCCUGUCCACCAUGGAGGCCGCCCUGGUGGUGCUGGAACCUCGGCUGGUGGAGCUGCAGCAGGAAGGAGAAGCUUUGGCCGCCGCCCACCCCGACAGAGCCUUGGAGAUCCUGGUGCCCUUCGAGGAGAUCAGCGACGAGUGGGACAACCUCAAGCGAGCCCUGCAAGGCUGCGAGGACGCCCUGACGGUGGCCGGGCGGCUCCAGCAGUUCAUCCAAGACUUGGACAAUUUUUUGGGGUGGUUGGUGAAGACUCAAGAGGCCGUGAGCUCCGAGGAGAUCCCCGACAGCUUGGCCGAGGCCGAGAGGCUCCUGAACGUCCACGUGGCCCUCAAGGAGGAGAUCAACGGCUACGAGGAGGACUACGCCAAGAUCCAGGCGGCCAGCGAGCUGCUGGCCAUGGAGGACAUGGAGGUGCCUUCCCUGUCCCUCCAGCAGUGGCUGCAGAAGUUGGAGGCGGGCUGGGGGAAGCUCCUGCAGAGCUGGGAGAUGAGGAGGGAGGUGCUGGUGCAGUCUCACGUCUUCCAGCUCUUCCUGCGCGACGUGCAGCAGUGCCAGAAGAGCCUCUACAACCAGGUGGGGGAGCGGGGGGUGGGCGGGAGGGGGUUCUGGGGUGAUGGAUUUGGGUGA